UACCAAUCCUCCUAAUCACAAUGAACUGCUGGUUUAUCACCACCAUCUUUUAUCAUACCUCGUCUCCAUCAUUUGAGCAGAAUGGCCCAUGCACACGUCAAUUUUCUCGGAGGAUCUCCGUUGAAUCGACUCUCUUGGUUGCGUUCUUCUCAAGAUUUCUUGAAUGCGAUAGCAGCAUUACCCCAGACUCGCUGGAUUCUCUUUAACGCAGGAUUUCCUCUUGUAGGGCAGCGCGAAGCCGGUCCAUACCUAGCCUACUUGAGCACGAAGGAGGUAAAGCCGAUCCUGGGAUCGGAGCCUUUUUUUGGUCAAGGAAAGGAGAUCGGGGCAUAUCUAAAAGCUGAUGAAGUCACACCCCAUACCGAGGCAGUCCGUCAUUUAAACAGCCCCGUCGUUUUUCUCGGUCUGCACGAAGACCAUAACAAGACCGGCGCGCUGCCUUCGUCCGAUUUUGCCGAUGCCAAAGCCGCCGUUCAGAACAUUGAAGGAACCGCAUACUUCUCUUUGGACGUCGCGAGUCUGGACAGGUCCUCUGAAGAACUGGAGGCGUUCUUGACUAACACAGAGACUGCGAGCAAUGGCGUGAAGUUGUCGUUUUCUGAACCGCGUUCUGUCAUGAAUAAGCUGGACACUUUCACGUCUGGGAUAUUUGCAGAAGCGAGAUCCAUGGUCGACUGGAACGAGAGAAACAAGUUCUGCCCUGGAUGUGGUUCUCCAUUAUAUUCGAUGUGGGGAGGAUGGAAACUAUCUUGUUCGACUUUGCUUCCUUGGGCACCUAAGACAGAUAGAAAGCCUUGUCUUACAGCCAAGGGCCUCCACAACUUUACGCAUCCACGCAGUGACCCUGUGGUUAUUAUGAUUGCCGUCGAUGAAACUGGAGAUAGGAUCCUGCUGGGCAGAAAUAAAAAAUUCCCCGGGAAGUUUUACUCUGCUUUGGCUGGUUUCGUUGAACCAGGAGAGUCUUUCGAAGAUGCCGUUUUAAGAGAAAUGUGGGAGGAGGCCGGCGUCAAAGUUUGGGACAUCCGAUAUCACUCUGGCCAGCCAUGGCCAUAUCCUGCCAGUCUGAUGGUUGGAUUCUAUGCCAGAGCAGACGCCUCAGAGCCCAUCAGAGUAGAUCUUGAUAACGAGCUAGAAGAUGCGCAAUGGUAUACUCGUUCGGAAAUACUAUCUAUCAUUAACCAUCCCGAGGGAACAAAUCUUUCGCCUAAGACUUUCAACGAUGAAUAUGAUGGAAAGAGUGCUGGCGAUCUGGGCUCCAAGCCAAUAGAUACACCUCCAUUCAGGGUGCCUCCAACGACUGCCAUUGCCGGUGUGUUGAUACGUGACUGGGCUGAAGGAAAGAUUGGGUUUGAUGUUGAUAAGAAAGGCAAGUUGUAACCUCUCAUCUUAGUAUUCUACUUUUCUGUUUGAAAUAUACGCUUUCAGUAAUAGCAAUUUGGUGUGAGAUUUCGUUUCCG